AUGGGUACAGCACCGUGUUACAAAAGGAAAAACGAGGAAGUGAAAGUAGCUCAUCGGGGACAUUUGAGUGAUAAGAGUAUGAAAGUAUAGCAUAUUCAAAUAUGAGAGUCUAACAAUGAGGACUUUCCAGAGUAAUAGGGUGAAGAAUAAGAAGAAGAGGAAGAAGAAGAAGUAAGAUCUGUAAUAAUCAACUGUAGAACAUAGUUUAUGAUUACAUUUAAGGUGAGUUGAUUUAGGAGGGAUGUAAUGUAUACUCUGCAUUGAAUACUUUAAAUGGGUAACUUUUAGCAUUAAAAAUUGUAUUAAUUUCUAUAAUGAUAGUUCAAAUUAAGUUCAGAAGAUGACUUUGAUAAUGUAAUUAGUAUUGUAGACAUUCUCAAAAGGUUAGAAUUCAAGAAUAUCCAUCAAAUAAUAGGUUGGGAUUACUCAGUGUUCAAAAAUGAAGUAAUCUAAAAUGAAAUUAAAAUACUGAUGCCUUAUGAGAGUGGAGGUUCAAUAAGUUGGUUGUUGUAGAAAUUCAGUUCCUUUUCUCCUUAACUUGCUAUUAUGUUUAUGAAACAAAUAUUGUAAGGAUUAGAAUAUCUUCAUAGUUAAGGCAUACUACACAGGUAUCAUUGAUCUUAAAUAAGGAAUCUAAAAACAUCAAAUGUCUUAGUGGAUGGAGAAGCAAAUGCUAAAUUGAGUGACAUCUACAUUCUAAACAAAUAUAAAUUAUCUAUGUACAGUGCUCCUGAAUGUUUCAAUGGAUAGGAGUACUCUCAGUAUUCUGACGUAUGGAGUGCUGGUUGCAUAUUUGUCGAAAUGCUCACUAAAAUGCCACCAUGGCAUCAUUUAUCUUCUGACAUUACGCUAGAUCAAAUACGAAACUCUAUCAAUAAAGGAUGUAAGAUUAUUAUAUUGAAAUCAACUAGAAUUAUUUCAAUUCAAACGCAUAACUAAAUCAGAAGACAUUUUGUAGAUCCUCAAUAAGAUUUUUAAAUUGAAUCCAAAAGAACGAUCUACACCUAAUUAGUUGCUCGCUCUUCCUACCUUUAGAAGUAUCAACAUAUUUCUAAUUUGAGAUCUUGAAACUGAACCAUUGAGAUCUGUAGUAAUCUCAACCUACAGACAAUAUCAUACAAAACAUGAUGACAGAAGAUCAUUCAAAUUAUAGACUAGCAAUAUGUCUAGUUCCAGUAUGCAUGGUGGCUUAUCAGUUUCAAUAAGAAGGAGCAACAACCCUGAUUCAAGUAAAUAUCAAUAAGUUCUGUAAUAAUUGAAGUCUAUUCAUCAAGACUUCAAUAGAACUGAGAAUAUGUAAGAAACACAGCUACUCUCUCACAAUGAUCUAUGCAAUGUUGUAACAAGAAAGAUUCAGAUCGAAGCUAAAAUCAAGGAAAUAGGCAUUCAUCAUAUCCACUAAGACAAGAAUGCCUUAGUUGAAAAUGGACUGAUUAGACCAAAAGAAGGACCAACCUAAAUUGCAAAAAUCUCUGUCAAUGGUAUCCCAGAUCAAAUAUGUAAGAAUCAAGUGCACAAACCUCCCAUUAAUCAAACAAGUCAGCAAUAUAAAUCAAUCAUGCAAAGUGGGGGUCUAGAUAACAUACAAACUAUUAGAUCCAGUGAGUUCGUGAAAAGCAAUGAACAAAGUGUUGAACGAUUACCUGUUGUUGUCUAAAAUAAGCAAUUGAGUGAAUCACAACAAUUAGAAGAACUAAUGGCUUAGCAAUUCUAUUAGAAUCAGAUAAAUCACAAUAAAUAAGAAGAGAUUAAACCUAAAAUCAAUCUUAUUGACAUUGAAAAAAUGAUGAUGGAUUAAUUCUCAUCUUCAGUGCUCAAAGCAAAUCAAAAUGAAGAAGACUCAUUAAUUGAAAAAUCUGAAUAAUAGGAAUACUAGUAAGAAACCAAAAAUAUUAAGUCCGAAGUACUGAUUAUCAAUAAUAAUAACAUCCAAGAUCCAAACUACUUUGAAAAUCUUAUGUAAUAAUAAUAUUUGGAGGAUGAUGAACAGGAAAUAGAUGAACUAUAGAAACUCGAGGAACUCAUCUAAUAAUAAUAUUAUAAUAUACAACAAAAUGACAUUAAUUUAGAUAAAUUGAUUUAAAAAUAACUAUCCAAUCAUGAUAAAUCACCACGUGAUAAGGUAAUUCCACUCUAAGAAGAAAAGCAAGAAGAAAUCCUGUAAGAAAACGUAUCCAUUAUUGGUAUUCAUUCACUUUUAUAGUUUUUCUAGCUUUUGAUAAACUAGACCAGUCUCUGAAAAAUGAAAAUGACCUGUUAAUAGAGGAUGAUUUUAUAUAUAUGUUAUGA